AUGUCUUACCCAUAUCCUUGCCCUAACCAAUCCCAGCCUGUCCCUCUCUCACCUUACUCUUCUCUCGACGAUGCUCUAGGCCCAAGAAAUACCCAUUCUGACCGGUUCUUGCAAACCAUUUAUUCAAACACCGAUCAUUCUACCACAAGUUCCACUUAUCCAUACCCAGUGAAAAAAGUCCUGCCAAACCACGCGUCAGUGGACUCUGAGAACUAUCACGACUCGCCACCCAUCGUGCCUUCCCAUUCAUUGUACGGGCUACUUUCUGCAGAACGCCCACGCCCUGUGAACAUUCCGGCAAACUACACCCUUCUCCCGCAGCCAGCGCACGACGAAGAGCUGUCACAUCAUACCCGUUACGGAACCAUCCGUCUUCCUCAUAUUUUGUUCCAACGCAGGAGCGGAAAGCCUCCGUAUGGCGUGAAUGAGCUCCUCCAUAUCACACACAUGCCCUCCUUAGCUGGAGGGGAUGACAAGGUGUUGGAACAGGGCGAGAGGCAGAUAAAAGUCAAAGUCAUCUGGCCUGGAUACAGCCAGUUUCCUUUCGAAAAACGUAUUAAGACACAGAAUGGUGAAAUUUCACGAGGUGUUUUGCUAGUGCUGCUUGCCCAGGCUUUGGACGAUUGUGUGACAUACAUUAGGAGUGAGGACAUCGCCGUAGAGAGAGGGUAUGAAAAGUGGGCCAUAAGGACACCCAGGAAUGGCUUGAGAGGCAUUUCGGCCAAGGACUGUUUAAUCACCGGGAUGACGCACAGAGCUGGAUCAACUUGGCAGCCAGAAAUAUAUGUCCCAAGACUUUGA